AUGGAAGGAGGUGGAGGCGGAGGCGGCAGCGGCGGGCCCCCAGCCGGCCAGGCAGGAGGAGCGGAGACUGAGGCUCCCAGGAAGGAGGGCGUCCUCCUGGCCGACGAGACGUUCGACUUCGACCUCUCGCUGUCCUCUUUGAGCGCCAGCGAGGACGACGAGGUGUUCUUCGGGCCCGUCGGGCACAAGGAGCGGUGCGUCGCUGCCAGCCUGGGGCCCGGGGGCCCGGGCCCGAGCCCCCCGCGGCCGCCCGCGCCCGAGGGCCUCGGCUGGAGCCCGCUCGCCGGGGAGGCGUUCGUGGAGGUGUACAAGGAGGCGCGCCUGCUGGCCCUGCAGAUCGAGAGCAGCGGCCGCAGCGCGCCCGGCCCGGGGCCCGAGGCGGGGGGCCGGGGCGUGGAGCGCUUCAUCCAGGAGUCCCGGCUGAAGGUGCUCCUGUUCGAGAAGGAGAACGAGGCCAGGAAGAGCCCCCGCUCGCUGAAGAGGGAGACCUACUGCCUGUCGGACAGCCCCGCGGGGGGCCCCGCCCUGACCCCGGGCCCGCCGCCCCCCCCUCGGCCGGCUCUGCCCGCGGAGCCCAGCCCCGCGCCCCCUCCGCGCCCCACCGGCCCUCAGAAAAAGGGCCUCAGCAGGCUGCCGCCGCCCCGCGCCGCCUCUGUCCGGGGAAGGGGCCUGCACGCCGCGGAGAAGCCUCCGAAAGAGAAACCAGCCAGUCCUUCCAGGGUGACAGUCCCAGGCGAGCAGGAACCCCACGGGGACAAGCCCCCUGACAAGGCCAGGGCGGCCCGGGACACCCCCACCCUGCCAGCCAGCGGCAGCCACUUGGUCCAGGGCAAGCGAUCGCUCCCUGCUCCCAGCAAGCUGGGGCUGAAGAAGACGCAGCUGAGGCCGCCGGGCUGCACCGUGGCCCCCGCACGCCGGCCCUGCGCCCGGGGGUCCGUGUCCGGCCUGAGCGCAGGCCCCUGCGCCUCUCCGGCCGCCGGCAGAGCCAGACCCAGCAUCCCCGCAGACCGCGCCCGGCCUCCACCCCCCGGCCAGCCGGGCCGCGCGGGAGCCCCCGCCGUCCGGGCCGCCCUGCCGGGCGCUGCCGCCGGGUGCGGGCAGAGCCGCCUCCCUGGGCCCGCUGCCCCCGCCGCCCGGGCGCCCCCCCAGCCGCAGACGCCGGAGCAGGGCGGCGGGGGGCCGAGCCCCCGGCCCAGUCUGUCCAGCUCGCAGCUGCCCGGCCCCGGGAGCGCCCGGCGGGACGCCCUCCUGAUGUCCCAGACGAAGGCCCCGCCCACCCCGGGGAGCCAGUUCAAAGUCCCCGCGUUCCCCACUGGCGACAGUGCGACGCCCAGGUCCUCCGGGGCGUGGAGGCCGCAGCCCUCGUCGGCGGGGAGGGGGGCCCCCGGCACUCCUGCUCGGCACCCCACGGGGCCGGCCGCCAGAACCCCCGCCAGCACCGCACGCGCGUCCGGCCUGCCCACGCCUGCCGGCCGCCGGCUCUCCAGCCUCCCGCUGCUGACCCCUAACACCGUGCCCAGGACCCUGGCUUCGUCCCUGUGCCGGUCCGCGCAGCGACUGCCGCCUGAGCCCCGGCGGACGGCAGGGAGAGCGGCGCCCGGGAGCGGGGGCAGCCAGGCCGUGGCCCCCGGCUCCGACGUGCCCUCGGACGGGAGCCUCUCCCCGGCUGUGCCGCAGGCGCUCCGCUUUUCCCCAGAGAAGAGGGAGGAGGCCUCGGUUCCGGAAGGCGCCGCCACAGAACUGGCGCUGGACGCGGCUCAGCCCCCCGAGGGGGCGGCCCCCCGGGAGGCUGUCCUCGUGGACGUCCUGCUGGACAUGAGCGUCACUCCAAGCACCAGGUGCCCCCUCGGCGACCCCCCUCUCAUCGACGCCCCGCUCAUCGACCUGGGCGCCAGCCCAGAGGCACCCCUGGCUCUGGGACCUGGAAGCCGGCCUCUGCUCGACCUGCUGGUGAACACCCCGGACACGGACCGGAAAACCGCGGCCAGGCCGCUCCCCGGGGUGGAACAGCUCAUCGACCUGUGCUCCCCGCUGAUCCAGCUGAGCCCCGAGGCCGACAAGGAGAACGUGGACUCGCCGCUCCUCAAGUUCUGA